AUGUUGACUAUGUCCAAAAUGGAAAGUAAGCCAAUACCUGCAUUCUACUGCUGCUAUCUACUCCGCUCUAAAAAACGCAAUGCCUUCUACAUCGGUAGUACACCCAACCCAGCACGUCGUCUUGGUCAGCACAAUGGCUCGAGCAAGGGUGGCGCAAAACGAACAGCAAUGCAGGGAAAGCGGCCGUGGGAGAUGACUUGCAUCGUCACUGGCUUUCCAUCGCACUUUGCUGCAUUGCAAUUUGAAUGGGCGUGGCAAAACACGCACGCAACGAGGCACAUUGAGCGAGAGGUCCGCGACGCAAGAGUCAAGGAGCUACAGAAGGGCAAGAAAGUGGCAUCUGCAUCACCGAACAGAAGGCGGAAGAGACCGCCUAUGAGUAUGGAAGCGAGGCUGAAGAAUCUGCAUCAUCUACUGGGCGUUGGGAGUUUUAGCCGAUGGCCACUGGACCUCAGGUUCUUCGCGAAAGACGUGUUUGCGCAAUGGGAAAGGCACAUUGCAAAGUUGCCAACCAAGCUGCGGAAGAGCGUAACAAUCCAUGUCACUCCCGCCGAACUCCCAAAACUAGCAGCGGACGUCUGGGCAGAAGUUGGAGUAUUCCAUAUCCCAGAAAUUAUUCGGACCAUCCCUGUCGCAUACGAAGACUGCAAAGCGUAUGUCGAAAAAGCAAAGAGAGAGUUGGAAGAUGAGCAGACGCAGCUUUGUGGCGUGUGCAAGACAGAAGCAGACGCGAGUACUUCGCUCAUUCUGAUCUGUCCGAUCGAAUCGUGCCAGACAAUCUCGCACCUGAGUUGUCUGUCUAAGAAGUUUCUCGCAGAAGAAGGAAAUCAAGAUGCCCUAGUUCCCAUAGAAGGCAAAUGCCCUGGAUGUCGCAAUCCCCUCAAGUGGGUGACCAUUAUGAAAGAACUCAGUCUACGAACCCACGGUCAAGCAGAGAUCGAAGCCAUGUUCAAACCCAAGCGAAAACGGAAGGGCGCGGACAAUGUCUCGGAAACGGAAGCGGGGGAGACACUGGAACUGAGUGAAGAUGACGAAGAUCUUGACGAAACAUGGAUGCUAGAUGUAGACGAUGACGAAGAAAAGUCUUCCAAACCAACCCAUACUUGA